GUUUUCCCUUUUCUUUAAUAUCACCUUGUCCUGGCCACCCAUCAUCUGAUAUUCUGAUCAAUGGCUCUGCUUAACUCACAGAUCCAAAAGUCUCCUGUAACAAGAGCCUACUCUAACUAUGCCUACAGUAUUGGGACGAGGAGAAGCAAUAUAGUGAAGGGUAGUGGAGGACGAGGAGCGGGAGGAUGUUGCUCCGCCAUUGCAAUUGAUGCACCGGACGCCGUUUCCGGCGCAUCAGAUGUCAGAUGGGGGUCGGUGCUGCUACAGGGCACCCGUGAGGAGAUGGAGGACGACGCCAUGAUAGUCCAGUCAGACGACCUUGCUGGAUUCUCUUAUGCUGCGGUUUUUGAUGGCCAUGCUGGGUUUUCUUCUGUUAGAUUCCUCCGGGAUGAACUAUAUGAAGAAUGUGUUAGAGCAUUACAUGGUGGGGUGUUGUUGAACGGAAAAGACCUAAAUGUGAUACGAAAAGCACUUCAAGAGGCUUUUGAAAAUGCUGAUGCAAAACUUGUGAAUUGGCUUGAGACAAGCGGUCAAGAAAUUGAAUCUGGAUCAACAGCUACAGUUAUCUUUGUUAGAAAUGACACUAUGUUCAUUUCACAUGUUGGGGAUUCAUGUGUGGUUAUCUCACGGUUUGGGAAAGCAGACACAUUGACUGAUUCUCACCGACCCUAUGGAAGAAACAGAGCUUCCCUUGAAGAAAUUAGACGGAUUAGGGAAGCUGGUGGAUGGAUUGUAAACGGGCGAAUAUGUGGAGACAUCUCUGUGUCCCGUGCGUUUGGGGACAUGCGGUUUAAGAACAAGAAGAAUGAGAUGCUGGAGAAGGGUGUUGAGGAAGGAAGGUGGGGUCAAAAGUUUGCUUCUCGGGUAAAGUUUCACAGUGAUUUGCUCACAGCAUCACCGGAUGUUUCUCAAGUUACCCUUGGAUCAGAUGCAGAAUUUGUACUAUUAGCAUCCGAUGGAUUGUGGGAUUACAUUGACAGCUCAGAUGCAGUUAACAUUGUUAGAAGUCAACUUAGGGAACACGGGGAUGUUCAGAGAGCAUGUGAAGCCCUUGCCCGGACUGCCUUGGAUCGACAAUCACAAGAUAACAUCAGCAUCAUUAUUGCUGAUUUGGGGCGGACGGAUUGGCAAAGCUUGAUUGUGCAGCAGCAAAAUGUUUUCUUUGAGCUGGUCCAAGCUUUAGCUACUAUAGGGAUUGUAUCAGUUGGAUUAUGGAUGUCGACACAGCUCUCCCUUUGAGCUUGUAGCUUGUUGAAAUAUGUAAUUGUAUAUGAUAAAACCAGAUCAGCUGAAAGACGCAUUUAGAGAAGAGAUCAUCAUAUGGUUAUAUACUUGUAUUUAUCUUGCAUCUUCAAUUCAUUAGCUCAUGUCAGUGUUGAUUACUGUAGUGUCUACAACUCACUCUAAGAAACUAGAUCUUGGUGUAGUUUAUUGCAUGCCUCACUCUGAUUUGUUGCUUUUUUGUUGAUUCACUUCAUAAAAGCUACUCCGAA